AUGUCCAUCUUGUUUCCUGUCUGGUCGCCAACAACUCAGAGAACAAAGUCAGACGGUCCGGCCACUGACAGAACCUCUCCAACAACUUAUGGCAUUCCAACUGCAACAUUCAUCACCUCGGAAACACCUUCAAGUAAUACUUGGUCACCCCUGGGUUACUCUAGUAGAGUUACAAGUAGUUUUGUAGAUGAGACAUCUCCAACAGUCCCAACAAGCUCAACCAGUAGACUUUUGCAAUCAUCCAAAACUUCUGUUGAUGCUUCAGUUUACCCUGAUGCAACAACUGUUCCCACAUUAUCAUUGAGUAUCACCACAGCAGAAUCACCUACCCAAGUAGAUUCUAUAGAGUUUGCCAACAAAAAUUCCACCCAGAAUGUAUCUACAUCGAAAUCAUCUUCCAGUAAUUGGGAAACUACAGAUUCAUCAAGCGAUGAACACAUUUCAACAUCAGCUCCUUCCUCGAAAAUAACCAAUACUUGGGAAACUACUUUAAGUACUGGAAACUCUUCUAAUGUUCUACAAAGCAACAUCACCAGUGAAAGCUCAUUGGAGACAUCAUCUCUUCAUCCAUCAUCAGAUGAUGAAAACUUGGAAACAACCAGAACAUUUUUCGAAUCCACAAAUUGGUCCACUUAUGAGGACGGGAAUAGUACUGAGGAUUUACAGUUUGGUGAUGGGGAUUUGAGAUGGAAGAGCACCACUAGAGCAAAUUCGGAGAGAAAUUCAACUGAAAAAGAGAUGACAACAGUUUCCGGGUAUGGGAGUGAAGAGGAAAUUGGCUCAACAUCAUUUGGUGAUUUCACUACAACUUUAAGGCCUGAAAUUACAUCAAAGUCAUUGGAAUACUCAACCUCGAGAGGAGGAUUUGAUGGCGUAACUCCUUCAAGGUCAUAUCCUACAUCAAAUUCUGCCCACCACGCUUCUUCCAAUUCGAUUUCAAAACAGAAUUCAACAUCAAAACCACAGGAUUCCCUUCAAAACUCAACAUUGAAACCACAGGAUCCCCAUCAAAACUCGACUUCGGAAUCACAGGAUUCCCAUCAAAACACAACAUUGAAACCACAGGAUUCCCAUCAAAACUCAACAUCAAAACCGCGUGAUUCCCUUCAAAACUCAACAUCAAAACCGCAUGAUUCCUAUCAAAACUCAACAUCAAAACCGCGUGAUUCCCAUCAAAACUCAAUAUCAAAACCACAGGAUUCCCAUCAAAACUCAACAUCAAAACCACAGGAUUACCAUCAAAAUUCAAUAUCAUUCUUGAGUAACAACCGUACCACAACUACAAAAACUCCAACACAUGAUACGGAGGACUUUUUCGAAACAGAUGAAGAGGAAGUACAUACCAUUACUCCGACUUCAACUGAAGGUGAAUUUGAACAAGGCAAUGAAGAAGAGGAUGAUAAAUCGAUUAGUAAUGCACCAACAUCAUUGACACCGAACAAAGAUAAUCGGAUCAUUCGUAAUGAGAGUGUAGUGAAGAAGGGAUUACAACGGAACGGAAUAAUUUUGUGA